UAGAUGCGAAAAGCAUAAUAAAUUUUAACAAAUUGGCUGUUUAAACACAUACGUGGUAACACGUACGCAGAAGGAUGUAUUUUGGUGACAUUGACCAAUCGAGCAAGUCGCAGAAGGAUACAUCACAAGAUCCUUUACAGCCAAGUGAGACAAUAGAAAAUAGUACAAAUAAAAGCACAGUUUCUAUAUGUACUCCAACUGAUGAAGAAUAUUGCAACAUCGGUGAACUGAGUUCCACGGGAGCUCACCAAAGUUGCAAUUUAAAAAGUACAGUAGAUGACGAUGAUAGCAAUCUGCUAGACAGUAGACAGUCAGUUUAUCUGUGUGUAGAUAUAACACCAGUGGAUGAUACAACGGAUACCAACAUAACAUUAGAUACUAAACAAGAUAUCGCGCAACGAAUAACUGGCGAUUCUAUUCAGACAUAUAACGAAAGAAGCCCUGAGAACGAGCUAGAUAUAAAGGGAAUAGAGAAUACACAAUUACUUGGAGCGCAAGGUGAAUUACGAAAAGAUUUUUUACUUCAUAUAAGCAAUACAAAUAAACAAAGCGUGCCAGAAGAGCCUAACACAACAAGCCCAAAGCUGGGAGAAGACUCGAGCGAACUUGAAUCUUGGAGGAGUUCCGAAGCGUCUACAAGAGCUGUAUAUAACGCAGAAACAUAUAAUACAAAGUCAGGACGAUAUACAUCCCUGGGAACAUACAGACAAGUGGCAAAAAACGGAUAUAAUAAAAAGACCUUUGGACAACUGUCGGAUAGUGAGGCCUCUCCAGAAUAUAUUAGCGAAGAUUAUAGCAAUUACGACUUUAAAGAGGAAUCCGAAGCCUCGGAUUCAUAUAGAGGUCAAGUAGAAUCAUUCGAAUCUGAUGAUGAAAACGAAGCUAUAGAUGAAAUUGAUGAGGGCUACUACACUGGCACGAAUGACUCCGAGGAUUGGAAUGCUAAUAAAGAAACGAAAAUUAAAUAUUACUCACAAUCUAGCAACUCGCAAGAAGGGUACUCGAACAGCGAUAACACGGAUCAAUGUAGUGAACAGUCUGACUCGAUUGACGACAAUAGAGAACAACAAAAUUAUUCCAUAAGUGAUAAUCAAGAAGAGAUACUACAACCAGAAGAAGUUCAUUCGAUCAUACAUAAAAGGAGAAAGAGAUAUUUAAAGGCGCCAAACCUGCGGUACAAACGACCUAGGCGAUCGUAUGAUAAAUCCGCAUCCACCCUAGAUUACCGCAAAGACGUUAGUAUAAGAGAAGAAAGGGAAAGCAAGGCUUUCCCGGCUAACACAUUUGAUGAUUCUUCAACGGCAGUUUGGUGUAGAAUAUUGCAAAAUGAAUUGAGUGUCUUAAGGGCACAAAAGAAUACUUGGGUAGAUAGAGAACACGAAUUGUUGCAACGUAUAGAAAGGGCGAGGGAUGAAAUAAAAAGACAGAACGCCCAACUAAUAGAUGCAGAAACUAAAGUGGUGCAAUUGGAACAAAAUAUACAAUUGAUAACGUGGCGCGCUAAAAUCAGACACGAAACUCUAGAAACGAGUUAUAAAACUUUGUGUGAAAACGUUAAACUUGCAGAAGAGGCAUCACUGAAAACUGCACUAGAAAUCAAAAAACUGCAAACACGUAAUAUGGUAUUGGAAGAAUUAAUACAAAUUCAAGCCAUGGAGCAAACUGAAUUAAAUACGAGGUUGGACCAUAUCAACAACAGUGAUGCUGAUACGAUUCCAUUAACAACGGGAAAUGAUGUACACUAUUUUGAGGAUGUUAGCGCGACGCCAAUGGGAAACAUAAAAGAAGGUACCAAUGAUAAUGAGACCACUUCAGUGUCUCAUGAUAACACUCCUUUCACUAAAACUGAACCAACCGAAAUCAACACAAAUGCAUUGCAAGAAAUAGUUCAAGUAUUGAAAUCACAACUGGAACAAAUGGUUAUCUCCAGCAAACAUAUGGAAAAAUAUGUCAAAGAGACUAUGGAAAUAUACAUAUAUGAAUUAAAAGAUUUACUACAACAAACGAAGUCAGAUCUGGCGUACAAAACAGAAGAAUGUAAUGCAGUAAAGAGGUCACUGGAAACCAUGAAAUUAGAACUGGAGAUGGUCAAACGCAAUCUAACGCAAAGCUUGGAAAUGCAAACGGAGCUAAGUGAAAAAUCUAGGGAAAAGGAAUUGCAAAAUGAUGCGCAGAAAAGGGAAAUUGAAACACUCCAUGCCCAAGUAAAGGAAUUGAAAGAUGACUUAUCUUCCAGCAUGUUGCGAGAAGGCGCAAAUAGAACUGCGUUGGAUGAGUAUAUGAGGGAAAUACGCGCUAAAAUGUACCAGAUGGAAUCGCUCUGUAAAAUAAAUAGAAUACAAAUGGAAUCCCAAAAGGCAGAUGCUUCAACCGGCGUGGAACAGGAUCACCAGCAUGAUAACAAGGAAGUAGAUGAAACAACAGACAGUCCUUGUACGAUGGGAUCAAGUGCAGACGUUAACAGUGCCAUAGAGACAAAAACGAUUGAUUCCAAACAAUCAAAUCCCCUUGAGGAUACAUCAUGUGCUUCAGCAUCCAAUGGAAAAUGCACUAUCGAAACAAAUGACACUCAGACAAUCGAUUUGGCCAAGAUGAAAAGUGUUUUCAAAGAAACUGUAGUCAAUCUCCAGAAGAAAGUUGAAUUGCUAACUGAAAAGCUAAAGGAACAAGUAGUACGUGCGUACAAUUACGAGCAACAGAUUAAUCAGAUGAAGCCACAAAUAGGAACUAAGAAAUGCGAAUGCCAUAGAGCAUUGGAAAAAUCUAAUGCCACCAAGAUGAAGCGUUGCUGGUGCAAAUAUAAGCGUAUCGGUGAAUUGAAAAGACGCAUCUCGCGAGCGUCGCUCAAGCUGGAUGCCAUGACAAUAGCUGCAGUGGUCAAAGGUGAAGCACUAACAACUAAACGCCGCAAACUCGAAAAGGCGGGUUAAAUAUGUAAUUCCCGUAAACGGGUGGUAACUAUAUUACACAACUGUGGUGUGCCCUAUGCUAAUAAAGUUAGUGUAUAUGUGC